CCGGUGGAAACUGAUUCUAACCUGUUCGGUUAUCGUGAUCCUGAAGAGUUGCUCGAACAUGACUUGCUCAAAUGUGGAAGAAUCUCAUAAUAAGCCACCCUGGCUUACUAAACCAUAUGUUGCAGACGCGCUUGAAAUCGUGAAGUUAGAGAUAAUUCGGGCAUCCUCGAAAGGUGAUAACUAUUGUGGUGCUAUGACAAAAUUCAAGUGCAGUUUACAAGUGAUGAAUGCAAAGGUAUCCAAUCGGGAAGUUAUAUUUUAAAGUCCACCCUGGAGAAUGGAGCCGACUCCAUCGCAACUCAAGUGAUGGAAGGAUAUAACAUCUACAACCAUGAACUUGAAAUGUAUGGCACAAUAUUCCCAAGUAAUUUUUUCGGUGUUAAUUGCACAACCAUUCAUGCUCAAUGAAGAGGUGGAGGAUGCAUCCCUCAAUUGCUUAUUAGAGGAGAAUUCAGAGUGGUCUAAGCGUCUGCGAAAAGCAAUUUAUAGUAAUCAGAAAGUUCAGGAUAAUCUACGAAGACUUUUGCCAGUUAUAUCGCGAAGGCAAACAUUAGCAGAUUCGUCGAAGAUUUUGGAACAGGCAGAGUCGCGCUGGAGGACACUACAGGGGUUGCUGGUGCUACAGCUGAUACUAUCGCAAAUUCAGUUAUAUAAAUGGGAAGGACAGUAAAAAUUGCCUAACUGUGAAAGGAAUUGAAUCUCCACAAGCUGGCACAACGUUUAAGUGACAGGGAGGAGGCAUCCACCAGAAUGGCAGGUCACAGUUAAAAGGAAACGCCGCAUUGUGAUGAACAAAAGCAAAUGAAAUAAAAAUUGUAUCUUGUCAUUGGAAACUACCUCCCAGCCGGGAAAUGCUCGAAAAGCUCAUGAGGAAAAGGAGAAGGACAGAGAGGGGAGAGAGGAGGACAGAGGAGGGCAGAUGAGAACAGAGGUGGACCAAGGAGGACAAAGGAGGACUGUGGAAGACUGAGGAGGACAGAUGAGGAAACAGGAGGACAAGGGAGGACAGAAGAGGGCAAAGCAGGACAGAGUAGGAGCCGCGACUUUCGACGGAAUAAUAAAAAAAAAAAUAAAAAAAGUCUCAAAACUUGUUCAAUUAAUUUUUUCCAUUAAAACCACAGGACAAGGGAGGACAGAAGAGGGCAAAGCAGGACAGAGUAGGAGCCGCGACUUUCGACGGAAUAAUAAAAAAAAAAAUAAAAAAAGUCUCAAAACUUGUUCAAUUAAUUUUUUUCAUUAAAAAAAUACCAAAAGUAUACAUUAAAAUAUCCCUUCUAAUGUGCUUUCCCCCCUUAAUCCAGGCAGUAAAGACAAAAUAAAAAAUUUUGACCCAUUUUUGGAAAAAGCUAUCAACUGUAAAUUCUUUGAUCAAACAUAAAG